GCGGAGUCGAACCGGAAGCGGCUCUCGGUCCGGAACCGUAGGGAGAGGGCCAGGAAGGAGGGGCCGCCCUAAGGGCGGUGACGAGCUGCGCGGUCUUGGCGGAGCCGGACGGCCUGUAGCGGCUCUCUCAGGUCGUCGGCGGUCGCUGCAGCUGCCACUAUUCACGGGGCGAACUUGGCAGAGCAGGGAGGCACAGAAGGGCAGGGGUGUGUAAGGACGGCCGCGGGUGUAUUCGGCGGCGGGAAGGAAGACCUCGAAACUCGUUCCUCCUACUUGGGGAUUGUAAUUUUUUUUUUCCGGUGACGGAUUCCGGAAAUACUCGGCGUCUCCGUUUUCGAGAUUUUCUGGCUCUUGUCAGUUGAUUUCGUAGCUUGAAAUGCAUGGUCAUGGAGGCUAUGACUCUGAUUUUAGUGAUGAUGAACGUGAAGAGUCGAGCAAAAAGAAAAAGCGGAAAAUUGAAGAUGAUUUAUUACUACAAAAGCCAUUUCAAAAAGAAAAGCAGGGAAAGGUGGCCAGUAAGCAAGUUGCAGCAGAACUGCUGGAUAGGGAAGAAGCAAGAAAUAGAAGGUUUCAUCUCAUAGCUAUGGAUGCUUAUCAAAGGCAUACAAAGUUUGUAAAUGACUAUAUUUUAUACUAUGGGGGCAAAAAAGAAGACUUCAGGCGUUUGGGGGAAAAUGACAAGACAGACUUAGAUGUUAUACGAGAAAAUCAUAGAUUCCUAUGGAACGAAGAGGAUGAAAUGGAGAUGACUUGGGAGAAGAGACUUGCAAAGAAAUACUACGAUAAAUUAUUCAAGGAAUAUUGCAUAGCAGAUCUCAGUAAAUACAAAGAAAAUAAGUUCGGAUUUAGGUGGCGAGUAGAAAAAGAAGUAAUUUCAGGAAAAGGUCAGUUUUUUUGUGGAAAUAAAUGUUGUGAUGCAAAAGAAGGCUUAAAGAGUUGGGAAGUUAAUUUUGGUUAUUUUGAGCAUGGUGAAAAGAGAAAUGCACUUGUUAAAUUAAGGUUAUGCCAAGAAUGUUCCUUUAAAUUAAAUUUCCACCAUAGGAGAAAAGAAAUCAAGUCUGGCAAAAGAAAGGCCAAAACCAAAAAAGGCUAUGAAGAGUCAUCAGACAGAAACUCCAGGUUGUCUCCAGAAGAAGCUUCCAAGAAGAAAGAUAAAGGACAUGCAUCCUCAAAGAAACCAGAAGAUUCUAUAAACAAAAACUGUGAUGAGGAAGAAAGUCCUUCAGAGUCUGAGCUGUGGAAGGGUCCACUACCAGAAACAGAUGAAAAAUCACAGGAAGAAGAAUUUGAUGAAUAUUUUCAGGAUUUGUUUCUAUGAGACAGGAGAGAAAAACCUGCAUUCCUUAACGUGAAAGCUCACUUUUAAAUUUCAUAAAACUGUUAUCUACAAAUUGCAAACUUGAAUGGUUUGUCUUUGGGAAUAAAAAUAUAGCCACUCUGAGGAUGUCACAUGCUUCCAAAGUUAAUUAGUUAUUAGAGAUGCGUUUUUCUGUUUCUUAUGUAUCUUUUCAAUUCCUUAUCUACAAGUGUUUCAUCUCUUCAAUAUAUAGUAUAAUAUUUUCAAUGACAUUUAAACAUGGGAUGGUUGGCAUAAUAAAGUACAAAAUAAGUAA